AUGGACGAGAAUGGCCAAGUGCGCUACCUUGGCAAAUCUUCAGGCUAUUAUCUUUUACAGAACAGUCGAACAUAUCAAAAUGGUGCUUUUCAUUUUGCAAAUUACGGCAAUCGACCUCGCCAUCAAAAAACCAGUAGAUCAAAGACCAUUGACCCACUUGAAUUACCCCCUAAAGAUUUAUCAGAGCAUCUUAUUCGCCUGUAUUUUAAGCAUUUUUACCCAUUUUUACCACUGUUUUACAAGCGACAACUAUAUUCGACUGUAGAUAGUCCAAUAACAGAAUCAGUAACGCCUCUUCUAUUAAAUGCUAUCUAUGCAAUAGCAUCUCGUAUAUCGCCUGAUGCCCGUGUACGAUCAGAUCCUAAAGCAUCUGAUACUGCAGGCAAUAUCUUUUUUGAGAGAGCAGAGAAAUUAUUGGACGAAUCGUAUGACACACCAAGUAUAUCAACUGUACAGGCAUUGUUGUUACUCGCGAGUCAUCAACACGGUAUCAUGAAAUCAGCCAGAGCUUGGUUGUAUAGUGGCAUGGCUUUUCGAAUGGCUCAAGAUUUAGGUCUUCAUAGAAACUGCGACCAUUGGAAUAUUCCACCUGAAGAAUGUGAGAGAAGAAAGCGAGUGUUUUGGUGUUGUUAUAUUGUAGAUCGACUCUCGAGUGCUAUGUAUGGCAGAGCAUCUACCUUUGAAGAAAGAGAUUGUGAUGUUCCUUUUCCUUCUGUAGACGACGAUGCUUUGAUUGAAGAUGAUGGUGAACCAGACGAGUCUAAGAGACCUUCGGCCAGUGUACGACUGCUUGAAUCCUUUACUAAUCUCAUAAAAAUAUGCGAUAUUCUCGGUCAUGUACUCAAGAAUAUUUACUAUGUUCGCUCAUUACAAUAUGCUGGCAUUCGACAAGUAGACAAUGUGCUAACAACAUGGAAUAAAAAACUACGUCAAUGGUAUGAUCAGUUGCCAGACUCACUACAGAUCAAGAAAGAAAAUAACCAUCAAGCCAUGCCUUCCACAACUGUAUGUCAACUGCAUAUGAUUUAUCAUACAACGAUGAUUCUACUUCACCGACCAUUUAUUCCUGGACCAAAUCAAAGCCUUAUACCCACCAUGUUACCAUGCGCUUCUAUCUGUUCAGCUGCUGCUGAUGCUGUCUUGUCCAUUACGGAUUCCAUGUUGGCUGAAAACAAACUAAGAUAUGUCAUGAAUUACAGUGUGUAUUAUAUCUUUACUUCAGGCACUAUCUUUAUUGGCACAGCAUGUCCUAGAAAGAAGGACGAUCCGGCCUUAUUGUCUUCAGACAACAAGUCCUUGGAAGCUAAACUUAAAUUACGACAAUGUAUGUUAGCUCUGGAUGAGAUUGAAGGCACUUGGAUUACAGCAAGUAAAAGCUGUCAGAUUCUUGCUGAACUCUCUGGUUUCCGCGAUAUUGAUUUUCAAGUGAGUGAACAACAAGAACAAUACAAUCAUGGUCUAUGGCAAACAACCAAACCUACUCCACAAAUACAUUUCCAACACCAUGUUGAUUCAAGCAGUAGUCAUUCUUCUGUAUUCAAAUCACCUCAGUCAUCAAGAACAGCAUCACCUCAGCCUUAUCAUGAGCCAUCUCAUCGAACAAACAACAGCAAUCUUCGCUUCCCUAUUGUCCGUAUAGACCCCAAGAAUGGGCAAGAAGAUGUAGCCAGUAGCAAUCGACGAGCCCAUUCAAACCCUCAGAUUGAGUUUUCUUCUUCUCAUAGUUUUCAAGCACAAUCGCAUGGUGCCAUUAACAACACAACGACCAAUGAUCCCUUUGCAGCUCAAGGUGUUGUUUCUCUUGCACUCCCUCGGCACUAUGACCCCUUAGGUAAUACAUUCUGGAAUAUGGCUUCUUCUUCUUUAGAUGACUGGAAUAAUUUUAUGAACUCAAACAUAAAUAAUACACCUCCGUUUGUGUCAGAACAAGAAAGACAGCCCUUUGAGACAGCAAAUAAUGUAGUGGAUGACUAUGUUCAAGGACAAGAGAAACAACGAUUGAUUCAUACAGAUCAAAAUGUAGAUAUGUUGUCUGGUGUCUCUGUUCCUCUUGAAGAGUCUAGUCCACAAAACUAUCUACAGCAUCUAAAUGAAAAGAAAACUACUGCGUCUAUGGAUGGCAGGCCAUCCGUCAGUGAUUUAGCGAAUGCUUAUUAUUGGUAA